UGACAGGCGUCUUCAUGAAGAACUGGGACCCCCUGGAUGAGCAGGGAGCUUGUGCCAGCGACAGGGAGUGCGAAGAUGCCUACCGGUGACCUCUUAAAAGAGUAUGAAUUGGGAAGGACUCCUAAUCCUGAUAUUGUAUGCAACAAGCACAUCAAAUUCAACUACUUUCUUCACUACGCCAUGGAUAACCUUGGGGCAGAUGCAAUUGCUACUGGGCAUUAUGCUAGAACCUCACUAGAGGAGGAGGAAGUUUUUCAACAGAAACACAUUAAAAGACCACAGGGACUUUUCAGAAACCGUUUUGAAGUUAGAAACACUGUAAAACUCCUUCAAGGAGCUGACCUCUUUAAAGACCAGACCUUCUUCCUAAGUCAGAUCUCACAGGAUGCUUUGAGGAAAACCAUUUUUCCUUUAGGGGAUUUAUCAAAAAGCUUUGUAAAGAAGAUAGCAGCGGAACAUGGUCUUCAUCAUGUGCUAAAGAAAAAAGAGAGUACUGGAAUCUGUUUCAUUGGUGAAAGAAACAUUGGAAAGUUCCUUCUUGAGUAUUUAGAACCUCAGCCGGGUAACUUUGUUUCUAUUGAAGAUAAGAAGGUGAUGGGAACACACAAUGGUUGGUUCCUGUACACAAUAGGCCAGAGGGCUAGACUAGCAGGCCUGAAGGAUGCUUGGUUCGUUGUAGAUAAAGAUGUUAGCACUGGAGAUAUCUUUGUGGCACCAACAACAGAUCACCCUGCGCUGUACAGAGACCUGUUGCGGACAAAUCGAGUGCACUGGAUAGCAGAGGAGCCUCCUGCAGAGCUCAUUAGGGAUAAAAUGAUGGAAUGUCUUUUCAGAUGUCGGCACCAGAUGGCACUGGUGCCUUGUGUGCUGACUCUAAACCAAGAUGGGAGCGUGUGGGUAACACUAGUGAAGCCAGAAAGAGCUCUCACACCAGGGCAGUUCGCCGUGUUCUACAAGGGUGACGAGUGCUUGGGCAGUGGGAAGAUCCUGAGGCUGGGCCCGUCGGUGUUUACCUGGAAACAGGGCAAAAACCGAGAGGAGGCUGCAAAGAAGGACGAGAUCGACAAGGCAGAACCAGCAACGUAACAUGUGGGUUUGUUUCUUAAUGGACUUUGGAGAAUUUGUACCCUGAAAAUAAUAAAAGCAAGAGCUAACA